AUGCUCGAACAGCUGAUCGAUACGCUCAAAUACCACCACCGUCAGGCUUUGAUUUGCAUUGUGACGUUGCCGGGAUGGGCUUAUAUUGCGUUCUAUGCUGGGCUUGUUGUUCUGGCUGCGCGGUUCCUGUCCAAGUUUUCGUUUGUGAACGUCGUAAAGACGAUCGAGCCGAUCAACUCAAUUCAGUUCUCCACAGACGAGGGGCCGAUUUCGUUCAGUGAGCUGGUGAAGCAGAUUCCCGAGUUCCGCACAGGCGCAUGGAGUCUGAUGAACCCAUUCUUGUUCCACGGCCAUUUGCAGACCAUGUAUGCUGGGAUCCGUAGGUUCAGGUUUGUGGACCGGAUCUAUUUCGGAAGGGAGAUCCUAACGUUCGACGACGGAGCACAGGUGUCCCUUGACCGGAUGAUUUCCAAAGAUAAGUUUCUGGACGGGAGUUUGAAAGAACCCCAAACUUCUGUGCUGCCGAAAUCCACUCGGCUUCUGACUACUGCCGAGAGGAAAGAGCUGGACGAGUCGUCCAAGCCGAUUCUGCUUGGGUUGCACGGUCUCUCUGGAUCGUCUGCGGAGUCGUACAUCCGGUGCAUUUUCUCGAGAAUGCCCGAGUUCGAGUGCAUGGUUCUAAACAGCCGUGGCUGCGGAAAAACAGUCCUGAGCACCCCGACUCUGUUCAACGGGUUCUGGACGUACGACGUGCGCGAGACCAUCAAGAUCCUGCGCGCACGGUCACCAAACCGUAAGAUCUACGCCAUGGGAUUCUCGCUCGGUGCAAGCAUCCUUGCCAACUACAUCGGCCAAUCGGGCGAGAACUCCGGGCUCGACCUGGCCAUCUUGCUCGCAAACCCAUGGGACCUGAGCCAGUCCUCAUACACCAUGGACAGCGACUUCAUCUGCACGAACGUGUACUCUCCGAUCAUGACGGUGCCUCUGAAGCAGCUGCUGCUCACUAAUUACGACAAGCUCAAGGAAGACCCAAACUUCCGCAAACUCUUUGCUGAACAGUUCAAAGACGUCUACUACCUCGUGGACUUCGACAACGCGUUUACCUCCAGACUGUUCGGAUUCAACUGCGCCUCAGAGUACUACCGCAGCGGGUCCUCGAUCACCAAGGUGUUCAACAUCCGUACACCAACGCUGGCGAUCAACUCGAUGGACGACCCGAUCGUUGGCGGGUGUCGCCAGACGCUGCCAAUUCGCGAGACGUUGCUACAGCCGUACCUGGUGAGCGUGUGUACCAGUCUGGGAGGCCAUCUUGGCUGGUUCAAGUGGAACAACGAGCGGUGGUACGCGGCCCCGCUGAGCAGGUUCAUCUCGGACUUCCACCGCAGAAGCCUUGGUGCCGCAACGGUCGACCCGGCUGCGUUACCUUGGAAGCGCAAAGUGGUGGACGAUACUCUUGUUCAUUGA